AUGCUUAGUUUAAUUGCUAUUUUCUUUAUUGCUGUCACCAUUUGUUUUUUAUUAUAUAAUAACAUCAAAAAAAAUAAAAAUAAUUUCAAUCAAAAUCAACAACAACCACAACAACCACAACAAUAUCAAACAUAUGGAGAUUUUAACUAUCAUCAGCAACCAAGAAAUCCAUAUCAAUCUUCACCACAACAAUAUCAACAACAUUACCAACCAAAUGGACAUUUCAACUAUUACCAGCAACCAAAUAAUCAAUAUCAUUCUUCACCACAACAAUCACAACCACCAAUGAACCCAUUCCAUAGCCAAUAUCAAUAUCCACCAAUGCAAACACAGCCACCAAUGAAUCCAUACCAUAGUAUUAAUAGAAUUUCAAAGAGAUCAUUGGGGGUUUUUGAUAUGGAGCCCAAUAAAAAAUUAAAAUUUGAUAUAAAAGGAAAAUCAAAUAAAUCAUAUGGAGUUUCAAAGAGAUCAUUGGCAGGUGAAAAAGAUGAAUUUUCCAAAAAGAAAUUUAAAUAUGAAAAAAUAAUAAAUAAAUUUAAUAAAUUUUCAAAAAGAUCAUUGGAAGUUAAUGAAAACAAUGUACAGUCCAAUAAGAAAUUCAAAGAAGAUUUAUUAAAUAAUGGAAAUUCAAAAAGAUCAUUGGAAGCUAAUAAUUAUUAUGAAAUGUUUGCAAAGUCCAAUAAAAAAUUUAAAAUUUGGUGA